AUGAGACACGAAACAGUGUUUGCCGUUGGGAUGCUUGUGGUUGUUUUAUCUCCUUCCUCUCAGGGUGAUAUGGCAGAAUAUCGAUGGAGAACUGAUAUGCUUGACUGGGAUAGGAUUAUGGAGACCGUCGAUGCAGAUGAAAAACAUCACAACGUUGGUGAGUUCGAAACACUGUGCAAGAUUUACCGAAUCACGCAAGCAGAGGCCCCGCAACCCUCCUUUAAGAAUCGUGAGAAGGAAGGAGAGAUUCUGAAGAAUUUGGAGGAAAUGGUCAGUGAGGCAGAAGCUGCUGGUGGCAAUAAGGGCUCGAACAAUUCAUCUAACAGCACGACAGCAUAUCAGGAGAUGAAGAAACUAUUUGAGAAGGCGAAAAAGCUUAAGGAGCAGAUAGAGGUGAAUAGGACAAAAGCCUUGAAUGCAAGUCGCUCUGCUGAAGAAAAUAUGCUGAGGGCUGUGUAUGGCGACGCUGUGGAUGUGGCAAGAAAUGAGAAUAAAACUCUGGAGGAAGCCAUGAGGGGAAACAAAUCACUGUUGUUCAAUAGUGUCUACAAUGCGGACGCAAGCUGUGGUUCUUACGGAGACAAGCUAGUUGGAAAGACACUAAUUAAUGACUUCUUUUGCCUAUGUGUGGGAGAGGCUAUAGAAAAAAAGAAGGAAGAGCGACAGACACGCGUAUACCAAAUGGAUACUGGCUCAAGUAGUGAAAACAUAUACAGUGGAUAUGACUGUCCUUGUAAGGAUGCAAUAAGGAGACCUAAAAAUGGUAGUUGGACUAUGAUGGCUGAGUAUUGUCCGAGCAACUAUAAUACCUGCAAGCCUGAAAAUAUAAAAUACAACCAUACUGAGGCAUGGGAUGUGAUUAGUAAAGCUUGCGUGUACAAGAAUAUUGCAUCUAAUGUGAAAACCUUAAAGAGUGCGCUAGCUCAGUUCGAUGCGUUAGUGGAAAUGGAACAGGAUAAGUAUCAGGUGAAGGGUAUUCUUGGUUAUGUGAAAACAUUAAACAACGAGAAUCGCACCUGCACGGGUCAUACUGCUGGAUUCACAUGUGUCAGCUACAACUACACACUUGAAAAUGGUGGGAUCCCUUGGUACAACCAUCUUACUAACGCCACCGAGCAACUACAAGAAAUGGCAAAGUAUGCCAAAGAGUCUGACAGUCAUCUUCACGAAUUGGAAGAAUACCAACAUGAGGCAGAGGAAAUAUUUCUUGAGGUGAAGCUAGGUGGUGAUGCUGAGCUAUGGCGAAGUAACCGAGGUCAGGAUGAUGGUGAAGGUGGCAAUGCUGAAGUAAAUAAUAAUGGAUUCAACUAUAUAGAUAUAACAACUGAUAUUUUUACAUUAAUGAUUCUAUCCCUUUUUUGUAUGUCUUAG